CUAAUUAACCUUAACUAACCUAUAUUUUCCUUUCCAACAAAAUUACCUAUAUCUCACGCCACGUCAAAAAUACUAUUCAUCUUCGUUUUUUUUCAAAGAUUAAAUUUUUCUUCCAUUUUUUCAGCUCCUUUUUCUUUAAAUUCUUAACAUUUUCAAUACAUUUUUUUAUUUAUAAUCCGAUCAAUGAACAUGUUUUCUUGGUGUGAAAUGUGAAUAAAUUUUAGCAUUAAAUUUCUCUUGUAUUUGGAAUUAAGCGUUGAAAUUAGCGUAAGGGUUUGAAUUUUGAAUGGAACGUCGCGUUGGGAAUAAGUUUCGUGUUGGUCGUAAGAUCGGUAGUGGCUCAUUCGGAGAGAUCUAUUUAGGUACUAACAUUGUAACUAAUGAAGAUGUUGCAAUUAAGCUUGAAAAUGUCAGGACAAAGAAUCCUCAGCUGCUGUAUGAGUCCAAGUUGUACAGAAUGCUGCAGGGAGAGCCCGGGAUUCCAAAUAUUAAAUGGUUUGGAGUCGAGGGAGAUUACAAUGUUCUAGUAAUGGAUCUGCUUGGACCUAGUCUUGAAGAGAUGUUUAACUUCUGUAGCAGAAAGCUCUCACUAAAGACAGUUCUCAUGCUUGCUGAGCAAAUGAUCAAACGUGUUGAGUUUGUUCAUUCUAAAUCGCUUCUCCACCGGGAUAUUAAACCAGAUAAUUUUCUCAUGGGCUUGGGAAAGCGGGAAAAUCAGGUUUACUGUAUUGAUUUUGGUUUAGCGAAGAAAUAUAGAGAUAGUACGACCCAUCAACACAUUCCUUACAGGGAAAAUAAGAAUUUGACUGGAACUGCAAGAUAUGCUAGCAUGAAUACCCACCUUGGCAUUGAGCAAAGUCGAAGAGAUGAUUUAGAGUCAGUUGGUUAUGUCUUGAUGUACUUCCUGAGGGGAAGUCUUCCUUGGCAAGGGCUUCAAGCACGAACCAAGAGAGAAAAGUACGAGAAGAUCAGUGAAAAGAAGGUUUCUACCUCGAUUGAGGCCUUGUGUCGAGGUUAUCCAACAGAGUUUGCAUCAUACUUCCAUUAUUGCCGGUCAUUAAGGUUUGAUGAUAGGCCAGAUUAUGCUUACCUCAAAAGAAUAUUUCGUGACCUGUUUAUUCGUGAAGGGUUCCAGUCUGAUUACAUCUUUGAUUGGACUAUCUUGAAGUAUCAGCAAGCACAGCUAAUCACUCCUCCAGCACGUGCUAUUGGGCUUAAUGCUGGAACCAGUUCUGGAAUCCCUCCUGCUAUGGCUAGUGCUAAUAGACACACAGGAAGGGAAGAAGGGCGUCAUUCUGGUAUGGUUUCAGUAAAUUCUUCAAGGCGAAGAAUGUCUGGACCCAUAUUAAAUUCUGUAAAUAUUUCAAACCAGAGAAACCCAGGCCCUGGUGAUGCUGCUAUUAGUAGGGAUGUUAUGUUAUCAAGUGCAAAUGUCUUGGGCGAGUCGAGUGGAUCAAGGCGGCUUCAUGGUAGUAGUAGCCGCAAUGCAUAUGGUGGCGCUGAUUCAAAUUUUCGUGCUCGUGCUACUGAAGAUAUCAAUGGAAAAGCCAUAAAUUCAAGUGGACAAAGAAUUUCACAAAGUGGACCUUUAGAUCCAAGGAGAGUAACAUCUUCUAGAAAUAGUUCUCAUAUCAAUAAUUAUGAAACUGCACUCAAGAGCAUGGAGGGUUUGAAAUUAAAAAAUGUUGAUUCCCAUCAAUAAUUUCUUCCCAUUUUAUCUUGUACAUAUAAAAUUUGGGUUAACAUGCACUGCAACAGUUGCUAGUGACCUGCGAAAGAGACGCGAGUCGGAGCGCAUAACUUUCGGCUUCUAUUGUCGACUCAUCUUCUCAUGAUGAUAAAGCCGAUAAGGGAAUGAAUGAGAAUGAAAUAACUUAAAUUAGAGAUUGUUGAUGUAAAACUUAGGUCUACUUUGGCACACUUAUUUUUUGGCGGGAACCUUAAAUUUUUAACUUUUUUUUUUCUGUGAGCAACUAUUACUAGAUGCUUCUAGUGUCAUGUUGAUCAUAGUUUUUUUAA